AUGCUUCAAAGCAUGCAGGAAAUCGAGGGUUCAAGUCCCAACAUUAUUUGCUUACGUUUUCCAAUUUGUUUUUCAGUCAAUAUUGCUUUCCAAAAAAUUUACGUCAAGAAGUUUGGAAAAAAUGAGAUUUUUAGUUACGUUUUGUUGUUUGCUCAUUUGUUGUUAAUCUAUUUAUUGAAAUUUAUUUUGUUUUCAUUAAAUAAAUAG